AUGUCUCCUCCCAACACCACACACACUACCGGAGACGCAGACUCUGCUUCCGAUGACGAUCUCGAUCUCGACGAACUAGAUCCCAUUGUUAACUCCUCCCGUCGUUCGAGAGCGGACGAUUCCUCUGAGCCCGGUGCCCGCCGUCCAGUAAACGGCUCCACAAAUAUUCCGCUGCAGCGACUGCAGCGGUUUGGCAGCAGUCGCUUAUGGCCGUCAACAGGCAAACGGGGCAGAGGAGAUGAUGGCACAGAAGAUACGGAAGGGCUUUUAGGCAGCUGGCCCGGACACACACAAGGCAACGGCCAUGUAAGACUGUGGUCGGAAGACCAAGUCGGUUGGAAUGUCAGGCCGGAAAGAUACCAGAGGGUGAAUCGACAAGAGAGCAUCUCUCAUGGUCGGGACACCGCCUCACGCCGCUCCAGUGUCCGUCAGAGUAUGCAAAUCUCAGACUUCGUCAGACAAGAAUUGGCAGACAUGCGUGAGAAUGAGCAGGAAUUCAGCAGCCAGGAAUCGCGCGAGGUCAGCGUCGGGCAUGCUCAGAAGAAGCGGUUUCCUACCAAUGUCGUAUCCAACGCCAAAUACACCGCAUGGUCCUUCUUGCCAAGGACAUUGUACAACGAAUUUUCCUUCUUCCUAAACGUCUAUUUCCUCCUGGUCGCCUUGUCUCAGAUCAUACCCUUCUUGCGGAUUGGUUACAUGUCUACAUAUAUUGUGCCUCUGGCGGUGGUUCUAUCAAUCUCGAUUGGCAAAGAAGCGGUAGACGACAUCGUGCGGCGGCGCCGGGAUGCAGAAGCAAACGCCGAACUAUUCACUGUGUUGACCUUCUCCGAUACCGCUCGGGACGGUGCAGUUGAAGUCCACAAACGGUCGCGAGAUAUUAAAGUUGGCGAUGUUCUAAAACUUGAGAAGAACCACAGGGUGCCUGCGGAUCUUGUCAUCCUUCAGAGUCAUCUGACGGAACUGACGCUAGAUGCGACCUCUGAUUCCACAACAGCUCCUUCGGCUCAGGCUGCUGGGGAGACCUUCAUCAGGACGGAUCAGCUGGAUGGGGAGACUGACUGGAAGCUCCGGCUCCCGAGCCCGUUGAGUCAGAACCUCAGCUUAAAAGAUCUACAACGUCUCAAGGUUACUGCUGGUGCUCCCGACAAGAAAGUCAAUCAGUUCAUAGGGACUCUGGAGCUUCAACCAAGUCUAGCACCAGCCUAUGAUCCCCAUGUGCUCAAAGACGGCCCUGCAGAAGACGGCCCAAGCUCAAAUGACCCUGACCGCACCGUGGGUAACAGACAGAACUCGGCACCCUUGACAAUUGACAACACGGCUUGGGCCAAUACUGUGUUGGCCUCUAGCACCGUAACUUAUGGCGUGGUCAUCUACACCGGCAAGCAAACUCGAUCUGCGCUGUCCACAUCACCAUCAAGGUCCAAAACAGGUCUGUUGGAAAUGGAAAUCAACAACUUAACCAAAAUUCUCUGCAUCAUGACCCUGACCCUUUCCAUCAUUCUUGUCGCACUCGAAGGGUUCGAGCCAUCCAACAAGAAGCCAUGGUACGUGGCCAUCACGAUCUACCUGAUUCUAUUUUCGACGAUCAUUCCAAUCAGCCUCCGUGUCAAUCUUGACAUGGCCAAAACGGUGUAUGCUUAUUUCAUUCACCAAGACAAAGGAAUUCCAGGCACAGUUGUACGCACCAGCACUAUUCCUGAAGACCUAGGUCGAAUUGAGUACCUGCUGUCUGACAAAACUGGAACACUGACCCAGAAUGAGAUGCAACUUCGGAAGAUCCAUGUUGGUACGGUUGCAUAUGCAGGAGAGGCAAUGGAAGAAGUCGCGGCCUACGUUGAUCAAGCAUUCGCAACUGGUGAGACUCAAGACGUACACGUCUCAGAGCUGGGCGCCACGACAAAGACUCGACGCGAAAUAGGUGUCCGCGUCCGCGAUUUAGUGCUCGCCCUUGCACUAUGCCACAAUGUCACACCUACUGCGGACGAAGUUGAUGGAGAAAGAGUAGUAUCCUACCAAGCAUCAUCGCCGGAUGAGAUUGCUAUUGUCGAAUUUACCGAGAGUGUUGGUCUACGUCUCCUUCAGCGUGACCGAGAGAGCAUUGUCCUCCAAAGCGUCUCUACGAAGCAGGUGGUCAUCCGGGCAGAGAUCAAAGAAAUCUUCCCUUUCACUUCUGACAGCAAGCGCAUGGGCAUCAUCGUACACCUUUCCUCAGAAGUGCCCGGACUGUCUCACAUAGAAGAACAAUGGUUUUUCCAAAAGGGUGCAGACACGGUAAUGAGCUCCAUUGUGGCAGCGAAUGAUUGGCUGGACGAAGAAACGGCCAACAUGGCCCGUGAAGGGCUUCGCACACUCGUUGUUGGCCGCAAAAAGCUGUCGCUAGAGCAGUACAGAAAUUUCUCCUCCGAGUAUGCGGAUGCGUCAUUGGCAUUGCGCGAGAGAGAUGCAGGAAUGGCUGCUGUCGUGAAGAAGUAUCUCGAGCAUGACCUGGAGCUUUUGGGCGUUACUGGGGUCGAAGACCGCUUGCAAAAGGAUGUCAAGCCCUCUCUUGAACUGCUCCGCAACGCUGGCGUCAAGAUCUGGAUGCUGACUGGUGACAAGAUCGAGACGGCACGUUGCGUAGCGAUUUCAGCUCGCUUGGUCGCACGAGGCCAGCAUAUCCAUACUAUGGCCAAGCUUAAAGCCAAAGCACAGGGCAAGGACGCGCUGGAUGUGAUGCGCAAUCAGAGUGAAUCAUGUCUGCUCAUCGACGGCGAGUCACUGGCACUCAUGCUCAGCCACUUCCGUCAUGAAUUCAUCACAAUAGCCGUCCAGUUACCAGCAGUGAUUGCCUGUCGCUGCUCGCCGACGCAGAAGGCUGACGUGGCGCGGUUGAUUCGCAAACACACCAAGAAGCGUGUUUGCUGCAUUGGGGAUGGCGGCAACGACGUUAGCAUGAUCCAAGCCGCGGAUGUGGGGAUUGGGAUUGUGGGCAAAGAAGGACGACAGGCCUCGCUGGCAGCCGAUUUCAGCAUUGAGCAGUUCUGCUACUUGACGAAAUUGCUGGUCUGGCAUGGCCGCAACAGCUACAAGCGGUCCGCGAAGUUGGCUCAAUUCAUCAUCCACCGUGGGUUGAUCAUCAGCGUGUGUCAGACGAUGUAUAACAUCGCUGGACACUUUGACCCCAAGGGGCUUUUCAAGGAUUGGCUGAUGGUCGGCUACGCCACGGUUUACACCAUGGCCCCCGUUUUCUCCCUGGUACUCGACCGAGACGUGGAUGAGCAAGUAGCCAACCUCUACCCCGAACUAUACAAGGAACUCAAGUCAGGGAAGAGCUUGAGCUAUCGAACUUUCUUUACCUGGGUCUUGGUGUCGGUAUAUCAGGGUAUCAUUAUCCAAGGCCUGUCGCAGCUCCUAGUUGGGGAAGUCGACGGGCCUCGCAUGCUCAGCGUCAGCUUCACCGUCCUAAUCCUGAAUGAGCUUAUCAUGGUGGCUGUAUCGGUGACGACUUGGCACCCCAUCAUGAUUGUUUGUAUUGUUGGCACUGCAGCGUUCUAUGCGGCGAGCGUGCCCUUCCUUGGGGACUAUUACGACUUGGCAUAUAUGGCUAGCUGGAGUUGGGCUUGGAGAGUGGCAGCCGUGGGAGCGAUCAGUCUUGUGCCAGUUUGGGGUGGGAAGGUCAUUAGACGGACGUGGAAACCGCCCAAUUAUCGUAAAGUCCAAGCUAUAUAG